AUAAGAACAAGGGAAGGAUACCCUUGAGACUGAGAGUGUGCAUUACAUUGUUGCAACUCCUAGACGACUUUACCUACUAACGGUUAAUUGUAAAGAAAAUAAUAAAAGUGGUGCUACUUACAAUUCGAAGUGGCUAUGGAUACUCCAAGCCCGGAAUUCAGAAGAACCCAUCUGAGUCGGCUAACAACACCCAAAAGUGGGGCAUGCCGAAAGAUUAUGAAUUCACCUGCCUUCUUGGUUAACAAAACGACCGAUUUCAGUGAAUUGUCUAUGUCACCACUACAGCUAUUAGAUUCACCCGUCCAAGCCGUCCUAAUGACACCCACUACAUCUUCUGGAGAGUCUUCAAAUAGCAAGUCACACCGUUAUCUUAAACAGACAUCCACACCAUCACAGGAAAUGAUUCAAGAUACUCCGGGUAACAAAAAUAAGGCUUUUGUUAUUGCUGCCAAUGCCUAUGUAGGUAUCAAAGCCAAGAGACGCCUUAUUGAAGAAGAAUGCCACCAUACCUUGCAUUUGCAAACCAAAAAUGUGGAUGCAAAAAAAGAAACCAAUGUUCAAGUCAGUGCAGCCAAAAGACAAAAAAAAUCACCUCAAGUAUCAGUUCCAACAAUGCUUAAAUUGUCAAGAAGCAAGAAAAGGAUCACAGGGCAGAUCAAUUCUGGAGUUUCCCAUAGAAUCCGUUGGACAGAAAGAAAAGUGAAGCCAAGUAUGUCACUGUCAUUAAGUGAGCUAAAAAAAAACAAAAGCGAAGGAGUCAUAAAGAACCCUUUUGAUCCUUUAAAUAGAACCAUACCAACUAGUCCAGAAAUGUGUGUUUCAAGCUCUGAUCACGAAAAUCAUAAUCAUACUGAAAGUAUCCAGCAGAUCGAAGUGUCUGUUCCAAUUAAACCAUUAUUGCAAGAUCAGACACUCAAAUCUCCAGGUCUAAAAGCGCUGGGUAAAGAGAACAAGAAUCAUACCAUAUCUCCAAAAAUUAUUACGCGCAAUUGGAACGUUCGUUAUCGAACAGAUACGCGCGAAAGGAAAUUUUUCAAGUCCCGGGGUACUCAACAAGAAGCACCAAACCGCGUCGUCACAGUUUCCGUCAACGAAAAUCUAAAAUUACAAGUUCACGAAAAGCCAGUCGCUUCCAUUCGCAAGUCCCCUCGAAAAUCACCUUGCAAGCAAGUAGUUAGAGAAGCCCCUGCUACAAGUGAAGCUCGAAACAUUUUAAUCCAGGAUUGGGACGAUGACAUUGCGGAAUCAAUGGAUAUUUCAUGUAAUAUCCAAGAAAUUUUGAAUGGAUUAAGUGAAGACGAGUUUAUUGAGAAGAACGCAUCAAUUCAGGAAAAGAAUGGAAAAGAAAACGUUGCAACAAACAAACUUUUCCCGCUCUUUUGCAAGAAUUCAAGCAAACCGUCUGAGCCCAUUAUGGAAAAUCGUCCGGUGCGAAAAAUGAACGUGAAAGCGCAGUGGGUGCGUGCAUUAAAGGAUGGAGAGAAUCAGAUGAUACUUGACGCCGGACAGAACAAAUUCGGUGCCGUACAAUGUCCUGAAUGUUUGAUGGUGUACCACGUAAAAGAUCCCGAGGACGAGUUAAUUCAUGCGGGAGUACACCAAAUUGUCAACGACGCUCUUAAAUUCGCGGGCUGGAAAAAAGAAAGGGUGUUGCGUCGCUUCAACGCGGAAGGAUAUAUUAUAGCAGUCCAUCAUGGGGAUGCAGUUCAUUGCUGGAAGAAAAUAGAAAAUGUUUUAACUAAGGUGGUUGAUAACGAGCUUGGAUUUUCUGAGAUAGGAAUUCGUAACCCUGAAACAACGAAAGUUUACCUGUACAUUGCGGAUAAAAAAAUAGUUGGGGUUCUCGUCGCCCAUAGCGUAACUCAGGGACAUCGAAUGAUGACAUCAACUGGAGCUUCGUCUGGGAAAUGCUGCUCUGCUGAUCCUUCUCCAGCCCUUUGUGGUAUUAGUCGUAUUUGGAUUCUUCCAACAUUCCGUCGUCGUAAAAUUGCAUCACGAUUACUGGAUGCCAUGAGAACAGAAUUCGUUUAUGGCAAAAUUAUUUCACCCGACGAGUUGGCUUUCUCAGAUCCAACUGAAAAUGGAUUGGCAUUUGCUCAGAGCUACACGAAGCGUGAAGAUUUCCUUGUAUACAAUAUGUAGUGUCUUACAAGGCGUUUCGAUUUCAGCCAUUCUUUCACGCGAACUAUUCAUUUUUACGUUUGUUGUAUUUAGCUCAUGCUAUUCAGCACUUUAAACAUAGAAUCCGGUUUUCGCCCGUAAUACUUCCGUAAUAUGUAGUAUCAUUCUAGAAAAGCGUGGCUCGUAUUAUCCAAAUAAAACAAAUUGCAAAAGAUUA